AUGGAGAAGAUCUUCGGUAACAAGGUUAUCCGCACUCCAAAGAAAACGCCACCUGAGCCCGGGUCUAGGGAUAGCUUCACGGAUGAGCCGCCAAAGCCAGUGGGACCAUCCUUUGCGCAUUCUCUCUACGAGAGAUCUCUUGCCGCCGACUGGGUUCCAACACGACAAUAUGCUGAAGAGUCAUCACAAGAGAGUUUUGAUUCAACUCUCGACUAUGAUCCAGCCGAGGAAUGUGCUCCAGUGAACGUAUCUCCCAUGAAGCAUUGCCACACACAUUCAAUCACUGCCGAUGAUGUUCAAGUAUGCUGUCAAAUGUAUUUCCACGAUAUCACUUGA